AUGAGGAACGUCGCCUUGACGUCGGGCAUAAUUGGAUGCUGUGACGGCAAGAGCUGCAGCUUCGCCACCGAGUGUGUGCCCUACCGCCAAAUCGAAGCGGGCAACUGUGACGAAAAGUGUAUGGCCAACACCAACGCGCUGAUAUGGUACAGUACAGACAUGCUUGCCCGUGCCUCAUACCCGUACCUCAUACCCAGACGCACGCAAGCUUCCGGAAACUCUUCCUCAUCCGCCUCCCCAUACUGCAACAUAAUGUCGUACACCAACGGUGUCACCGACUACUUUUGCAGCGCCACCCAGGUCUUGCUACGCAUCCCGGCCCGGACCACCCGCAUCUCGGGCCCUGCCAGGAUCUACGCCACCCUCACCAACAGCCACGGCGUCGACUUCAACACGGUGGGGGCGCCGUUCAUGACGGCCACCACGAGCUCCACCAGCGCGGCACGCAGCUCCACGGCCGCGACCGAUGCCCCCGCCGCCGCCUCCACCACCGCAAACGGCAGUCAAGGCGAUGACGGCGCCGCCGCCCCGACCGUUGCCGUCGGGGCUCUGGUCGGCUGUGCCCUCGGGGGCGCCGCGGCCGUCGCGGCCGUCGUUGCGGGCCUGCUCUUCUGGCGUCGGCGCAAGGCGAAACGGGCAACAGCAGCAGCGGGGGCGGUUGGGAACAGCGACAGACACGACGCCGCCGAGUUGCCGGACCAACCCGCCGCGGCCGAGCUUUCAGACAAGGCCGCGGCCGGGAUGACGAUGACGCCCACCAUCCCGGUGAUCCACGAGGCGAGCGGGAGCGUCAUCGGCGCAGCUCGCGACCAGAACAACAACCACAGGGGCGAAAUCUACGAGCUGCCAUAG